AAUAUAGACUUUUUCUCACCAUUUCAUCACGCUUCUUCAUUUCUCUAAUUGAAUCUUCAAUAAUGCUUUGGUAGACGAUUGUAUUCUUACAACCGUCUAAACAAAUUCUAUCGACAAAAGCUUUGUGUUAUCAGGUGGAGAAGUGGAAGAUUAAACAAUAUUAAAUGGACAGUGGAUCAUUAAGCGGCGAUUCACAUUUCUUUUUAUUACUGUUGACUUUAUAUCACAAUGACAAUUAGCUUCUAGAUAUCACACCUUGGGUAUUUGCGUUUCCCGGUUGAUAAUUGAGUGUAUAGUUAUAGAGAGUGUAUGGGAUAAGUUUCGGGACCGCAAAUCUCCCAGGUUCUUCACGCGAAUCUCCGCACCUCUGUACCCUUCCCUUCGAAGCUGACGCAUCGUUUGUGCAUACGCUGAAUUAAGAGCGUGUCUCGGCGCUUCUUAAUUUCUCCCCCGAUUCUGUUUCGCGUGUACACCCGACAACCGGUUAAGUCCGGGCGAUCUCGUUAAUCAAAAUUGAAGCUCAGACGGUUUUUGGCGGUAAGCUCUUCACGCCACGCGGACUUAUUUGCUCGUGAAAAGCAAACAUGAGAACAUGAAAGCCUGACACGGGAUGAUGCGAUAGCCGUGUUUUAUCUUCAUCAAGUUCGUGUAUCGAAGAAAAACAACAAACAACCUUCGAUCACCUUGCCAUUGGAAUGUCCGCAACCUACGUACACGUUGAAAGACGAGUCCAUGUGCAAGUCUUUUUUCUCUAUUAAGGUCCCCCUGGUAGAGCAAUUUCCUAACUGAGCUGACUACCCUGGUGGACAUCGUAACAGAGAGGACGGUUCGUGGAAUAGAUACCGUCGCUAUCGCACAUCGAAUUCGAAGUGCGCAGAGAGGACGGUUCGUGGUGCAUGCGACGAGUUUUAUGCAACGGGCCCCAGGUGCGAAGACAAAUAUUGAAGGAGUUUUGGAUCAGAAUUAAAACGCGUUGAUGAUGGUAUUCUCUAGCAUGUGACCCGUACCCUGAAGAUCACUCGACUCAAAGACGCCAAGGGGAAUAUCAUUACAAAUCAUCGUUACACCGUUACCAACUUUCCAUUGAAACGCAUAGCCCGCCCUCUACGGCAACCCAUUGAAUGUAUGUCACCAUGGAGCCCGUGAGCCCCGCGAACCUGUACGAUGAUUACUCCUUCUCAUUCGGCAACGACUCAUACUUUUAUGACCUUAUCUUUGAGAUGGUCUAUCCCAGAACGCACGAAUGGGUCAUUCUGGGGUUCUUCUUGCUCCUGCUCCUCAUGGCGCUUGGCGGGAAUUUCUUGGUAGUUUAUGCCGUACUGAGGAACGAGCACAUGCGUUCGGUUACCAAUUACUACAUCAUGAACCUGAGUGUUGCCGAUAUCCUGGUGUCUUUGAUCUGUUUCGGACCGACUGCAGUUGGUGACGUUACGGAAACCUGGUGGCUUGGAGCUACAGCUUGCAAACUAAUACCCUACUUUCAGCACGUGACAGAAUGUGUAUCGAUCUAUACUUUGACUGCGAUCGCUGCUGACCGGUACCUUGCCAUCUGCCACCCGCUGAAAUUUCGUAUCCGGGCUUCACGAACGAUUUUCAUUAUAAUCGCCGUUUGGAUUUGGUCUUUUGUUGCCGUUUUACCACAGGCAAUUUUCUCAGAGUUGGAGUAUGACGAGCACACGCCCUCUAUAAACAGACCUGUCUGGUUGGCCAAGUGUUACGAGACUGGAUGGCACAAUUCGUUAUGGCAGAAGGUAUAUUACGUGAGCAUCGUUCUUUUGACCUACAUCCUACCGCUGUGUGUGAUUGUAGUCACAUACUCAAUGGUCUGUAUUCGGCUAUGGUCGGCAAUCCCCACCGAGGAGACGAGCCGGAAGAAACCGACGGACUCGAACAACGAAUCGCGCCAUCAAAACAGCGGGAAAUCCAACCAUACCGGUAAUGGUGCGAUCCGAGGGGGCAGUCGUUCCCGGUCUGGACCGGUUAAAACCAGUACGGAGACACAGGUGGAGUCCAGAAGGAAAGUAGCCCGGAUGCUCAUCAUCGUAGCUUUCAUAUUUUUCAUCUGUUAUCUGCCAAUCAACGUCUUAAAUACUCUCAGAUACAUGCAAGUAUUUUCUAAGAACCUCAAACCGAAUCCCGGGGACCGAAUCAAGAUCACCCUUCCUUUCACGGUCGCUCAUUUUCUAGUGUAUAUCAACAGCACAGUCAAUCCCAUCAUCUAUAACUUCUUAAGUGCUAAAUUCCGACGAGAAUUUCGAACCGCCUUCGCAAGCUGUCCAUGCUGCCCUCAACGUCCUAAUGACACAACUGCUAUCACGAGUACGGCAAGUCGACGCACCCAACGGCCGAACCCAACGGGGCGAACGAACAGCACCGAAUACAUGCAAAUGUCAAGGGUUAAUACGAAAACAGAUCCAAGUCAAGGUCUUCUGACCUCAGACUGACAUUAAUCUGUGUGAUGAUA